CCCAGGGACAUGACAGCCUGGUCCAGCGCAGCUUUCCGGUAUCGACCCUUCUUCUCCGGCUGUUCCGUGUGUAACUCACCCCGGCCGCUCCCUGCUCCGCCAUGGGCGGCGCCCGAGGCGAGAGGGGCUGACACGGCACAGGCUGGUCCCAUCCCCCACCCACACCCGUCACCGCGGCGGCUUCCCCGGCCCAGCCCAGCAGCCGGCUCCGCCGCUCAGGGAGGGGAGCAACGCCCCGCCCAGCCCGUGGCGAGGCAGGCCCCGGGAGCCGCACUUCUCCUUCCCCUUCCCGCUGCGCUCACUGGCCGCUCCUGCCAGGCUUGCCCAGGCUCUGGUCUCUCCGGCCCGCUUCCCGCCGCUCCGCCCGUCCCCGGCGGCACCAUGUUUCGGUUCCUGCGGGGCUUGGUGCUCCCCGAGGCUGCCUGCGAAGAAGCCAACAGCAGCUCCAGGUACGAGAACCUCUUCAAGAAGCUGGACCUCAAUGAAGACGGGAGAGUGGACAUCGCCGAGCUCCAUGCGGGCCUUAAAGCCCUGGGCAUCCCCCUGGGCAAAGAUGCAGAAGAGAAAAUUUUUAAAACUGGAGAUUCUAACGAGGAUGGGCAGCUGGACUUUGAAGAAUUUAUGCAGUACCUUAAAGACCAUGAGAAAAAAAUGAAACUGGCGUUUAAGAGUCUGGACAAAAACAAUGAUGGAAAAAUUGAAGCGUCAGAGAUUGUCCAGUCUCUCAAGAUAUUGAGUAUAAAUAUUUCAGAACAACAGGCAGAAAAGAUUCUAAAAAGCAUUGAUGCUGAUGGGACAAUGACAGUGGACUGGAAUGAAUGGCGGGAUCACUUUUUAUUUAACCCAGCUACAGACAUAGAGGAAAUAAUCCGUUAUUGGAAACAUUCUACUGUGUUGGAUAUAGGCGAUAGCUUGACUAUCCCAGACGAAUUCACAGAGGAAGAGAAAAAGUCUGGGCAAUGGUGGAGACAGCUGUUAUCAGGAGGAGUGGCUGGUGCCGUCUCUCGAACAGGUACAGCACCAUUAGAUCGCCUUAAAGUCAUGAUGCAGGUUCAUGGUUCAAAGUCAAAUAAAAUGAAUAUAUCAAGUGGCCUUAAGCAGAUGGUGAAAGAAGGAGGCGUCCGUUCCCUUUGGAGGGGAAAUGGUGUGAAUGUUAUUAAAAUUGCACCUGAAACAGCUAUUAAGUUCUGGGCAUAUGAACAGUAUAAGAAGAUAUUUGCUAAUGAAGAUGGAAAGAUAGGGACUGUUGAAAGAUUUGUAUCUGGUUCUUUGGCUGGGGCAACAGCACAAACCUCUAUUUAUCCCAUGGAGGUCUUAAAGACCAGACUGGCUGUGGGUAAAACAGGCCAAUACUCUGGGAUGUUUGACUGUGCUAAGAAGAUUUUUAAAAGAGAAGGGUUGAAAGCCUUUUACAAAGGUUAUGUACCCAACAUUCUGGGCAUAAUUCCUUAUGCUGGUAUAGACCUGGCUGUCUAUGAGGCUUUGAAGACUGCUUGGCUAGAUCGUUAUGCAUCAGACACUGCUAACCCUGGUGUCUUUGUGUUGCUCGGAUGUGGUACUGUCUCCAGCACCUGUGGUCAGUUAGCCAGCUACCCUCUUGCUCUCAUCAGAACUCGCAUGCAGGCUCAAGCCCUGUUGGAAGGAGCCCCACAGCUAAACAUGGUUGGACUCUUUCAAAGGAUAAUUGCUAACGAAGGAAUCCUAGGACUUUAUAGGGGCAUAGGCCCAAACUUCAUGAAAGUGCUUCCAGCUGUCAGCAUCAGCUAUGUGGUUUAUGAAAAAAUGAAGCAAAAUUUGGGAAUAGCAUGAAAAGAAGGAAAAAGCUGAUAAGCCUCUAGCCUUCUCAGGAAUAUUCAAACCAAAAGGAUUUCUCAAAUAACUGGUUUGUUCUUGUUUAUAAUUGGAGAACAGAUCACUGUGCAAAGAAGCUGUGGCUUUGUUUUUCCCCCAAGUUGGAAGGAACUGCCUUAGUUUCUAACCCCCAAUCCCAAACUGCUAUCAAUAUAGUAUGGAUUUUAAAAAUAAAAAACCAACAGCAUCUUUAAAUCAGCUACACAUUAAAAGACUAUCAGGAAACCACCUAUGGUUUAGCUCUUGGCUUUAAUUUUUUUUUGUAAUUACUGCUCUCUUAAAUAUGCAUUUGACUGGGGUGAAGCCACAUUUGGGUGAAGUGUAUACUGCAUUGGUAUUAAAACCAAUACCAAAUCAAAAUAGAUUUGUCAUACCAUCUUAUACUCAAGCAACUCACAAAUAUCCUUUUGUACUUACCAUCUGUAAAGGCAAUAUUGCUUAUUUUAUCAGUUUAUCAAAAAAGUCAUUGCCUUGGAGGCAGGUAAGAAUAGAAAACCACAUUAAACUUUGUCUCCUGUUGAUAGCUUUUCUUUCAGGAUGACAAAGUGUUUGGCUUUUAUUCCUUUAUUUUUCCUCUAAAGAAAUGAAAGUGCAAGGGGAUGUUUUUCUAUGGCAUCAGAAUACCUCAAGCUGAAUUAAAUUCUACAUUUUUAUGGUACAGUCACAAUGACCUUCAUAGCUCAUUUCACUGGGCUGCUUUCCACUUAAUUUAUAAAUGCUGGCAGCAUUAGCCAAGACUGCCUUGGUUCUUGAUGCAAGUUUUAUAGUAUCAUAAUAGUUAGCAACAGUAAAGAACUACUGGAUCACUAACCUCACUGCAAGCGCAGGUUAUACUUCCAGGAUAAAGGAAAUAGAGUAUCUAAUAUGAAAUUGAUGCUGGCUGUAUCAAUUGGAGUGCACCAAAACAAGCAAGUUAGUAAAGAUCACAGGGCUGAUUAUUGGGAGGCUUUUGAAUGAUUUUUCUCAGUGGGGUUUGGAAUGCUGUCAUCCUCCUCCUGGAGUCUGAGGACUCAUUUGUUUCCCAUUCAGAAUGGUUGCAGUUCACCAGCAUCCUUCUAGUUGAUAAUACUGGAGGGGGAGUUGCUGUUGAACCGUGUGAGGCACUCUCUCUCUCCACCUACCAAACCUGAAGGUGUGAGAGCACGGGCUUAGGGAGUCAGACUGGGACCAGAAAAUGAGACUAGGUUGCUGAAUGACUGGGUAGGACGCCACAAUCAGACCAUUAAAGUGGCCCUUGGUUUUUAUAUUAAUUAGGAAAAUUACAAACAAAGCACUCAAAGAGCCCAAGAACUCAUUUUUGAUAAGCUAUUAUUUCACAGUUUCUCCCAUAUAUAUGGGACGGAUAUUUUAAUGUACAGACACUUUGUAAAUGGCUUCCCCACUAAGCUUCCCCACUUUUACAGAUCCAGACUAACACGGCUACCCCUCUGAUACUUCCCCACUAAGGUAUAUUUCAGUUGCUUUCUGGCCUGAACACUGGCACAAAAUAACUGUUUUUGUAGUGUUAAUUUGCACUAAUUCCAUGUGGAUGGAAAGAACAGAUAGAAUUUGGCCUUUUAUGUAAGACACACACACACGGUGUAACCAUAUUUCAUUCUUGGUUUUAUAAAUCCUGAGAGUUAAUCUGGUGAUAUUAUAAAAUGGCAGCUUUUUCUGGCUUUACCUUUGUGUUAACCUGCCCUCUAGUUUAUGCACUUCUUUUAAAAGCCAGAGUCUGUCGCUCUACAGAAGGUAUUAUGGUGCUUAUGUACAAUGUCUUUAUGAUCUGAUUGUCCAUGUUCUUUUGUCUUUGCCAAUCUCUUUGUACCUACAUAUAAUUCAUGGGAUCCAGUUUUGUUUCUUAAUUAUCCUUUUGACUGUAAGUUAUAUUCUUUAUGCAACGCAAAGAUGACCUAAGCAGCGCCUGUUGUGUAGCAGAGUCAGUCCAUUUUGUUAAUAUUGUGUAAGUGCCGUUAUGAGUGUUCAGUUGUGGUGGGGACACUUUCAACUGUCGAAGAGCAUGAGACUAUUUGAGUUUUAACUUUUCACCACGUGCCUCUAAUGGGCUGUGUUCAGAUUAUGUAUUCUUAGUCUGUGUACUGAAAAAAGCUGAUGAUCACUUAUAUAGAUCUGUAAAACUACCAGUUUAUAAUAAAUGUUUGUUUCCUAA